GGACUUCCCUGUUGGAGUGAAGCUCCACCGUUUUCCGUCUGCCAUCCAGCCCCGGAACUAGCCAGCCCCCGCUUAGCUUCAGAGGCAGCGCGCAGCCCCUCGCUUCGCCGGGUGGGGGGGUGAUGAUGCGUGCUUUCCUCCACCAAUCAGCUGCCAGCGAAGAGCAGGGCGGAAGCGCAGGAGCAGCAAGAUGGCGGAAGCUCCCGGCAAGCGGGCGCGGGGUGCGGAGGGGGAAGAGAAGAUCGACUGGCGAAAAUGGAAACAAGAAAAAAAGGCUGAAAAGAAAAAAUGGAAGGAAAUCAAGUUGUUGAACAGACUGGAAAAGCAAAGAAUGCAGAAGCUAAUGGUGAAACAAAAAGAGGAAGAAAAGCCUAAAGAAGACAAAGGACGUCACUACACCGUUAGUGUAGCUUUGCCAGGCUCUAUACUGAACAAUGCACAGUCCCUGGCAUUACGGACAUACCUGGCUGGGCAAAUUGCCCGGGCCUGUGCCAUCUUCUGCGUGGAUGAGAUUGUGGUAUUUGAUGAGGAAGAAGAAGGCUCAAGGAGUGUGGAGGGGGAGUUUCAUGGAAUUGGGAAGAAAGGACAGGCUUGUGUGCAGCUGGCUCGGAUUCUGCAGUACUUGGAAUGUCCUCAAUACCUGAGAAAAUCUUUUUUUCCAAAACACCAGGAUUUGCAGUUUGCAGGGCUCCUGAACCCCUUGGACAGCCCCCAUCACCUGCGGAUAGAUGAAGACUCAGAAUACCGGGAAGGGGUGGUGGUAGACCAGCCCACCAAGCCAGGCAAAGGCUCCUUUGUGGACUGUGGAAUGCGGAAGCGGGUGCAGAUAGACAAACAGCUUGAACCAGGCCUUCGAGUCACUGUUCAACUAGAUCAGCACCACAAUCCAGAUUGCAAGACAAGGAAAGGCACAGUAGUGUCCUCGCACCAUCCAAGAACUGUGUCCGGCCUAUACUGGGGUUACAGUGUCCGGUUAGCCUCCUGCCUAAGUGCUGUCUUUGCUGAAUGUCCUUUCAAAGAAGGCUAUGACCUCUCUGUUGGAACGUCAGAGAAAGGGACCUGUGUGGACCAAGCAGUUCUCCCCUCCUUCAGACAUGCCCUGAUAGUAUUUGGAGGUCUACAAGGAUUGGAAGUGGGUGUGGAUGCUGACCCAAACCUGGAGGUCAGUGACCCGAGUGUCCUGUUUGACUUUUACUUGAACACCUGUCCCAGCCAGGGCAGCCGCACCAUCAGGACUGAGGAAGCCAUACUGAUCUCUCUAUCUACACUGAGACCCCGGAUCGACGAGGCUGUGAAGAAGCCACUGGCUCCUGAAGGAAAGCAAGCUGGUGAUUUAUGAAAUGAGAACCUGCCUCCUCGUACUGCUCCUGUCUUGGAGAUGGACUGCUGCUCAUUUAGUUUAUUCUAAGGACUAGAAGCUGGGAGCUAUAGGUAGUUUCCAGAUUGUUGGAGGCUAACAAAAGUACAAUGUAAAUAAAAGCUACAUCUUUACUGAGUGACAGUCUCAUACCAGAAGCAAGCAAUAUAACUUUAAAGUCGCUGGAGCCAUCAGAAGCCUGAGCUCUUGAACCUAGGCCAUGCUGAUAAGUGGAGCUGGCUGGCACUUUAACAGGGAAAGUCCAUUGGUGAAUCACUAAGCAGCAAAAAUGUUUUGGGACACGUAUGAAAAUCUGCACUGGACUGAAGAGUCGGGGUAGUACCCACAGAGUCUGUGGAUUGAAAUUAGUGACUCCCAUUGAUCUUUCAGAGCUGUAUUUCUUAAGCACCUCUACAGACUAUGCAUCUUGUUUUUAAAGGCAUUACAUGUCUUUUGAAAGAGUAACACCUAGGAAGGGCAUGGCUUUCUAAUGCCUCCUGUCACUGAUGGCUAUCUUCCAAGUGGCUGAGUUCUUGUAAAGCAGAACUGUAACUUAACUCUUUGCACUCACCUCUCCAUACUUAGGUCAGUAUGUCAGUUUAAAAUUCUGGAGAUGUAGGCAAUGCAAAGAAGUGCCCAGGCAUCUGUAGCAGUAGAUAGGACUGCUUUAGGUGACAAGUCCUCAGUAGUGCUACAAUCCAGGCGGG